GCCAUGGCUGCUGGCCGGCAGGGGGAGUGGAGGUUCAGGCGCGGCCUGGGAGGCGCGCGGCGGGCGGCGCGAGCGGCUCCCGGGAGCCGGAGUUGGGCGCAGGCGGCGGCAGCAGCGGCGGUGCCUGGUGGCUGAGCGGGAAGCCGGCGGGGCUGGAGCCUGAGGCGGCGUCCCCGGGGGCAGCUGGCGGCAGGACAGCAGAGCCUGGAGUUUACUGUUACAAGAAAUUACAUGGUGAAGUAUAAUGCUCACGAGUCAGUGAAAGGAUCCUAAUACAGAUGGCCUUCUAGUUGAUAAUGAUAUUGACAAGAAAUGGAAAUUGUUUUCAUUCCUACCAACCACUUCAUAACUGGAUAGUAACUAUGUGUAUUUGUUGCUCAGCAAGACCACGGAAUGAGAGCUACGGCAGAUGAAAAAGUCUGUCUGAUUCCAGGGUCUUUCUCCUGGGUUUCACAAUCAGGGACCUCCUUCUUUUUAUUUCAACAAUGCGGUACCUUUGACCAUUUGACAAAUUAUGAGGACAUUUUCUUUGGUCAACAACCAGAAAUUAAAAUCUGCUGGAAUAGCGUCAGAGACCAUUUCUGGUACAGCUAAGGACAAUGAAAUUUCCGUUCUAUUGGGUGCCUUGUCCAGGGAGCUCACUGAUACUUCUAGAAAUGUGUGCAUGAAAAGAGACGUGAGUAUUUUCUGAGUGGAACUCGUGAUGGCGGGUGACCCAACGUGACCGGAGAGCCAUUAAGGGCUCAUGACAGGCUAUACCAUGUUGCGAAAUGGGGGUGUGGGAAAUGGAGGUCAGACCUGGAUGCUCUGGUGCUCCACCCGGAACCGACUCACCUGGCUCAGCUUCACACUCUUUGUCAUCCUGGUGUGCUUCCCGCUCAUUGCCCACUACUAUCUCACCACCUUGGAUGAGGCUGACGAAGCUGGUAAGCGAAUUUUUGGGCCCCGGUCCGGAAAUGAGCUCUGUGAGGUCAAGCAUGUGUUGGACCUCUGCCGCAUCCGAGAGUCUGUGAGCGAGGAGCUCCUUCAGCUGGAGGCCAAGCGGCAGGAGCUCAACAGUGAGAUUGCCAAGCUGAACCUGAAGAUCGAGGCCUGCAAAAAAAGCAUUGAGAACGCAAAGCAGGAUCUGCUGCAGCUCAAGAACGUCAUCAGCCAGACUGAGCACUCGUACAAAGAACUGAUGGCUCAGAAUCAGCCCAAGCUCUCUUUACCCAUCCGGCUGCUCCCAGAGAAGGAUGAUGCAGGCCUCCCCCCACCAAAGGCCCCACGGGGCUGCCGUUUGCACAACUGUUUCGAUUACUCUCGCUGCCCUCUCACCUCGGGGUUCCCCGUCUAUGUUUAUGACAGUGACCAGUUGGCCUUGGGCAGCCACCUGGACCCCUUGGUCAAGCAGGCUUUUCAGGCCACAGCUCGGGCCAAUGUGUAUGUCACAGAAAAUGCAGAUAUCGCCUGCCUGUAUGUGCUGCUGGUGGGAGAAAUGCAAGACCCAGUUGGGCUGCGGCCUGCUGAACUGGAGAAACAGUUGAAUGCAUUACCGCAUUGGCGGACAGACGGACACAACCACGUCCUCAUCAACCUGUCUCGGAAAUCACACACGCAGAACCUGCUCUAUAACAUCAGCACUGGCCGGGCCAUGGUGGCCCAGUCUACCUUUUAUGCUGCCCAGCACAGACCUGGAUUUGAUCUGGUUGUCUCACCGCUGGUCCACGCCAUGUCUGAGCCCAACUUCAUGGAAAUCCCACCUCAGGUACCCGUGAAGCGGAAGUACCUCUUCACCUUUCAGGGUGAGAAGAUAGAGUCACUGAGGUCCAGCCUCCAGGAGGCCCGCUCAUUUGAAGAAGAAAUGGAGGGAGGCCCUCCAGCUGACUAUGAUGACCGGAUCAUUGCUACCCUGAAGGCUGUACAGGACAGCAAGCUUGACCAGGUGCUGGUGGAAUUUACCUGCAAAAACCAGCCCAAGCCCAGUCUUCCCACAGAGUGGGCCCUAUGUGGAGAGCGGGAGGACCGCUUGGAAUUACUGAAGCUCUCCACCUUUGCUCUUAUAAUCACUCCUGGGGACCCCCACUUGGUGAUCUCUUCUGGCUGUGCCACUCGGCUCUUUGAAGCCCUGGAAGUGGGUGCCGUUCCUGUUGUACUGGGGGAGCAGGUCCAGCUUCCCUAUCAGGACAUGCUUCAGUGGAACGAGGCUGCCCUGGUGGUGCCCAAGCCACGUGUCACAGAAGUUCACUUCCUGCUGCGCAGUCUCUCAGACAGUGACCUGCUGGCCAUGAGGCGGCAGGGCCGCUUCUUCUGGGAGACUUACUUCUCCACCACUGACAGCAUCUUCAACACAGUGUUGGCCAUGAUCCGGACUCGCAUCCAGAUCCCUGCAGCUCCCAUCCGGGAAGAGGCUGCAGCCGAGAUCCCCCACAGGUCAGGCAAGGCAGCUGGGACGGACCCUAACAUGGCUGACAAUGGGGAUCUGGACCUGGGGCCGGUGGAGACUGAGCCACCCUAUGCCUCACCCAAGUACCUCCGAAACUUCACUUUGACUGUCACUGACUUCUACCGCAGCUGGAACUCUGCACCAGGGCCUUUUCACCUUUUCCCCCACACUCCGUUUGACCCUGUGUUGCCCUCUGAGGCUAAAUUCCUAGGAUCUGGGACUGGAUUCCGGCCCAUUGGGGGUGGAGCGGGAGGUUCUGGCAAGGAGUUUCAGGCAGCUCUUGGAGGAAAUGUUCCACGAGAACAGUUUACGGUGGUGAUGCUGACUUAUGAGCGGGAAGAAGUGCUGAUGAACUCCUUAGAGAGACUGAAUGGCCUCCCUUACCUGAACAAGGUAGUGGUGGUGUGGAAUUCUCCCAAGCUUCCAUCAGAGGAUCUACUGUGGCCCGAUAUUGGCGUCCCCAUCAUGGUGGUUCGCACUGAGAAGAACAGUUUAAACAACCGAUUCUUGCCCUGGAAUGAAAUUGAGACAGAGGCCAUCCUGUCUAUCGAUGAUGACGCUCACCUCCGCCACGAUGAGAUCAUGUUUGGGUUUCGGGUGUGGAGAGAAGCUCGGGAUCGCAUUGUGGGUUUUCCUGGCCGCUACCAUGCCUGGGACAUCCCUCACCAGUCCUGGCUCUACAACUCCAACUAUUCUUGUGAGCUGUCCAUGGUGCUGACAGGUGCUGCCUUCUUCCACAAGUAUUAUGCCUACCUGUAUUCUUACGUGAUGCCCCAGGCCAUCCGAGACAUGGUGGAUGAGUACAUCAACUGUGAGGACAUUGCCAUGAACUUCCUUGUCUCCCACAUCACUCGGAAACCCCCUAUCAAGGUGACCUCGCGGUGGACCUUCCGUUGUCCCGGCUGUCCACAGGCCCUCUCACAUGACGACUCCCACUUCCACGAGAGGCACAAAUGCAUCAACUUCUUUGUCAAGGUGUAUGGCUACAUGCCCCUGCUGUAUACCCAGUUCAGGGUGGACUCGGUGCUCUUCAAGACCCGCCUGCCCCAUGACAAGACCAAAUGCUUCAAGUUCAUCUAGGGGGCCUGACAGGUUAGAGGAAAGGAGGAGCACAGCAAGGGAAGUGGCACCUAGGGUUCUAGGAGUGGAAGGACCUCCGGGACAUCCACUGAAUGAGGGCGCCCAGAUCUUCUGCUGGGACAGGCAGCAGCAAGAGUGGGGGAAGGAAGCAGCUGCCUUUGUUGUGAAGUCGGCCACACUGGGCCUGGGGCCCCAGUCCAAGUGAGGACACUGGGCCCCUCUGCUGGGCACUGACUGAUAGCUUACACUGAGGGAUAUGGGGGCUCCAGGGAGACCUCAUGCAGUUACUAAGCCUGGGACAACUGGUUUGUGGUUUUUAAAUCUAGUAACAACUAUUAUUAUUAUUAUUAUU